UGGAACACACAAUUCUCUCAUCAAUCUCUCUCAAUUCUCAUAUUCUAAAAAACGUUAUCAGCACGAGCCUUAUCCCUAGUCCUAAAAACUAAAAACCGAAAAACUCUCCACCACCGUCGAAGUCCUCCACGCUGCAUGCCUCCUCCGCCUCACCGACCGUGCGCCUGCUGCCCCUGCAGCCCUGAGUCGCAGCUCGCUGCCCCUGCAGCACCUCUCGGCCAAACCUGCAAGCCACCUCGGCCAACAUCCAAACCGCACCGGCCACAUCUCAGCCCUAUCCCAGCACCUCUCGGCCAAGCUACCUAGCAGCCCCGAAACAAGUCUAGCACGCACCAAGCUUUGAAGCAUUCAAGGUUUCAAACUCCGAAUUUAACCAAAUGCCGAAUGAGCCAAAACUCGACUUUCCCAUAUUGGACAACAGGAUCUGAGUACCAAAGCUGGGUAACCGAUGUUGAGAACCAUCUCACUUUAAAGGGAAUUCUACCCAUAAUCCGGGAACCAAAUCCGGAGCUCGUUUUUGAGCGCACGACUAUGAGACAUGCUCAAGUUCUCAUCUUGAUGCGACGACACAUGGAUAAAUCACUCCGUUUGCAGUAUAUGUCGGUCAGAGAUGCAAGAGAAUUAUGGGUAGCGCUAGAAGAGCGUUUUGGAAAUAUCCAAGAUCCCUCCUCCCUGACUUGAAAGUACAAUGGGGCAAUUUGCGUUUUGCCAACUUCAAGGCCGUUGAUGAAUAUAAUUCAGAAGCUCUUCGCCUCACAUCCAUGUUGAGAUUUUGUGGACAACCUAUCACCGAGCAAGUGCUAAUUGAGAAAACUCUCUCCACAUUCGCUGUCUCAGCGCUUUUGGUAUCAAAGCAAUAUAGAGGUGAGUAUAAUGCUAGAAGGAUCACAAGAUUCAAUCAGCUAAUCAAUGUGAUGUCUGUAGCUGAAAAAUAUGACAACAUCCUCAUAAAAAACUAUAAUUCAAGGCCCGUUGGAACUAAGAGCCUUGCCGAGGUGAAUUAUAAUGCACCCAAAGGAGGGAGUAAGGAGCGGAACCCUAAAGUUAAGGGACAAAACAGACGUGUAGGUCCAUACAACCGCCCUACAAAGGAAGGUAACCGUCAUAAUGAUGGAUGGACACGUGGUAACAUAUGGAAACGUGGGAGAGGGGGCCGUGGCGUACCAGGACGUGGUGGUGCCGCCCAAGGCCGUGGUCACAGCGCAAAUCCCUCUAGGGGACUCCAACCAAGUGCAAACAAUGCACCUCAAUUAAAGGGUGGCAAUCACAAUGACAUGUGUCAUCGAUGUGGAUCAAGUGAGCGUUGGUUCAAGCAAUGGAAUGCAAGCAAUCAGUUAGUUGCAUGAUACAAGGCAUAUAGGGACCUGAGAGAGCAAGAAGUCUAUCUUGUCGCAGAAGGAGAUGAUGGUGAUGACAAUGACGUCAAUCUCAUCAUAGUGGACUUCAAAUAUGACAAAGAAAUGCAUACGGAUGCCGCAGAUUUUGAUUAGUGUAGUCCUUUUUA